AUGACCUUGACAACAUAUGUCAAGGUCACGGUCAUACAUGAGGAUGAAGAGGAGGAAAUAAAAUUAGAAAUAAAUGUAUUAAAACGGUAUUCGAAUCACAGAAAUAUAGCAACGUAUUAUGGUGCCUUCGUGAAGAAGUCGUCACCUGGGAAAGAUGAUCAGUUAUGGUUGGUUAUGGAAUAUUGCGGAGCUGGCUCCGUCACAGACCUCGUCAAGUCAACUAAGGGCCAGAGUUUAAAGGAGGAAUGGAUCGCCUAUAUAUCACGGGAGAUAUUAAGGGGGCUUAGUUAUCUUCACAGCAAUAAAGUUAUUCACAGGGACAUCAAGGGGCAGAAUGUCCUGCUAACUGACAACGCUGAAGUCAAGCUUGUUGAUUUCGGUGUCAGUGCACAGUUAGACAGGACAAUAGGUAGAAGAAAUACAUUUAUCGGGACGCCGUAUUGGAUGGCACCGGAAGUUAUAGCCUGCGAUGAGAAUCCGGACGCCACAUACGACAAUAGAAGUGAUCUCUGGUCACUCGGAAUUACUGCUCUAGAAAUGGCUGAAUCACAACCGCCGCUCUGCGACCUUCAUCCGAUGCGAGCCUUGUUCCUGAUACCGCGUAACCCGCCGCCAAGACUGAAGUCGAAGAAGUGGGCGAAGAAGUUCCACGGUUUCAUCGAGACGGUGUUAGUGAAAGAUUAUCAUCAGAGGCCGUAUACGGAACAGCUCCUUAAACACCCUUUUAUCCGGGACCAACCGACUGAGAGACAAGUCAGGAUACAGCUCAAAGAUCAUAUCGAUCGUUGUAAAAAACGUAAACAAGAGAAAGAAAGGGAUGAUUAUCGGUACAGUGGUAGUGAAAACGAAGAGGACGAGCCAGCAUUGGCUGGCGAACCAUCAUCUAUCGUUCAAGCUCCGGGCGGCGAUACAUUGCGUAGAAAUUUCCAACAAAUCCAGGAAGGUAGGACUCUAACUCAAGAAGUAGCUCCUCAACCACCUGCUGCUAAAGACAAGCCAAGCAGCAGAUCUCAAAGAGACAUACCAGAGCCAGGGCCUCCUGCAAGACCUGCCAUUCCUCACAGACUAAUCGUAGUCCCAGAUCCGCAGCCACCAUCACGGCCAUUGCCGCCGACACCGAGAGAUGAUCCUCGACAACAGCAUAAAGUUUCAACACCACCUUCUAAUCAUCAACCACCCGUCGCUGGGAGCGGCGGUGGAAGUUCUGGCGGUCAAUCCGCUUCUCAAAGAAACAGUCACGUGUUUAAACCUAUGCUGCCGCCAAGGAGGCCGGAGGACUUGGACAUGCUGGCCGCUCAACUCAACGAGCUUGGUGUGUCACAGGGCCCAGAGGCCCCGCCCAGGCCGAACAGACAGCAUAAAGGCCCUGCUGUAUCGUCCACAUCCAAUUCCGUUCAGCCUGCAAGCAGCAACGAUCAGAACAACAAACAGAUGCCGCAGUCUUCCAGUAUUCUUGAUCAAGCCUUGUCCGUUGAAAGUGAUAGUGACGACGACCUUGAAGAUGCAGGAGGAAAUAAUGCGAGGAAUGAUGGUACCCUACUUGCGAGCGAUCCACCCAAACCUUUACCCGAAUUUUCUCCUUUCAGACCAUCUACAGAUCCGUCGUCGAUGUCUUCGCAUAACGCCCAGAACUCCCACCAUCAAGGUAAGCCGAAAGGCGGUGCACCAAACCGACCACUACCACCGACUCCCGACGAGGAGGAAUCUGAUCGUACGCUUGUCAUGAAACGGAAACUUAGUCAGAUGUCAGACGAUCGCGCUACGGCUAACAGCAACCGGCGCUCCGAGGCGGACGAGCAGCUUCUGCUGAAGGAGUGGGAUUUCACCCGCUUCUUCCAAGGUUUUAAUGAAAGGUUGGAUAAAAUGAAGCAAGAUCAUCCGCAAGAGUCGGCCGAGACGAAUAAGUCCGGCAGCGAGGAUCUGUCCUCGUCGUCUACCGAGAGAACGUUGAAGAGGCAGGAGCAGUUGUCGCGCAGAAAGUACGAAAACUAUCAGCCACAACAGCAACAACAACAACAACAACAACAACGACAACAACAAGAUCAACGACAACAACUAGAACAACAACAACAACAACAACAACAACAACAACAUCAUCAUUACAAUCAGAAGCAACAGCAAUUAAAGCCGGUUCACCGACGACAGGAAAGUGAUUCGAAGCUUGGCAAUACGUCCAGCGCUUUUGCACGUGCUUUUCGCCGUGAAAAUUCUGAUUUCUUCCCUUCCGCGAGACAUUCUGCAUAUUUACAGAAGUCGGAUUCCGCGAGGUCGAGUAUAUUCGCAAGCGGUAACCGGCGCGGCAGCGAAAUUAGUGUCGCUGGUAUCGCCGGCAAGAAAGGUGGUGCUGUCAACGCUGGUGAACCGGUUCUUACAGACUUUUCGUUCGAUCGUGACGGUCUUCAGAGGCCUCGAAGAGAAAAGACAGAGAGCGAGAUCAUUUUUGGUAAUAGACACGAGGCAAGACGGUUCGAGUUCGGACGUGAUAAAGAUGACACUACGAGGAGACGGAGUUGUAGGCCAUCCGACGCGGUCUCGGUCGCGGUUGACGAAGCAGGAACUAUUAAAUCUACUGCCAGUACAACGGCUAGCGAGUACAGCCCAAUUGUCACUCAGAAUCGAGAAAGUGGCGAUCGACCGAGAGGCGGUGGCGGUGGUGGUGAUUUCCAGAGGUCCGAUUCAUCCCCUGGCUCGCGGCCAAGCUCCGUCCUUCCGGAUCUUCUGACGUCGUCGCCGAGUCAACGGCACGACAAGUCCACCAGCGAGGAGUAUCGGCAAGCGGUUAAAUCACCACCUCCGUUUGCGCUCCAACAGAAACAGAGAUCGUUCCUGACCUUUGGAUUCGGGGCUGGACCGGCUAGGAGGGAGUCACACGUGAACGUUAACGUGACACCGACCAGCCAUGAUCUUGCGUCUGACACACCAGAGAUUCGCAAAUACAAGAAACGCUUCAACAGCGAGAUACUCUGCGCUGCGCUUUGGGGAGUAAAUCUACUAAUUGGCACCGAGAAUGGCCUUAUGCUGCUAGAUAGAAGUGGUCAGGGUAAAGUAUACCAGUUGAUCAGCAGAAGACGAUUUCAACAAAUGGAGGUCCUCGAGGGUCAAAAUAUUUUGGUUACAAUUAGUGGGAAGAAGAAUCGAGUACGAGUAUAUUAUCUGUCCUGGCUGAAGAGUAAGAUUUUACGAACCGAUGGACACAGCGACCAAGUGGAACGACGCAAUGGCUGGAUCAACGUAGGUGAUCUUCAAGGGGCGGUGCAUUUCAAAAUAGUCAAAUACGAGAGAAUAAAGUUCCUCGUUAUCGCGCUGAAGGAUUCCAUUGAGAUUUAUGCUUGGGCGCCGAAGCCUUAUCAUAAAUUCAUGGCAUUCAAAUCGUUUGGCGAACUCGCGCAUAGGCCGCUUCUUGUCGACCUUACCAUAGAGGAAGGCACAAGACUCAAAGUUAUUUAUGGCAGCGCUGAUGGUUUUCAUGCCGUUGACUUAGAUUCCGCUACAGUUUACGAUAUUUAUUUGCCAAAACACACUCAAGGACCAAUUUGUCCACACUGCAUUGUCGCAUUACCUAAUAGUAAUGGCAUGCAGCUACUGUUGUGUUACGAUAACGAAGGUGUAUAUGUAAACACAUACGGUAGAGUUUCCAAAACGAUGGUUCUUCAGUGGGGUGAAAUGCCCACGAGUGUAGCCUACAUAGGGACAGGACAAAUUAUGGGCUGGGGCAAUAAGGCGAUUGAAAUUAGAAGCGUAGAAAGUGGACACCUCGAUGGUGUAUUCAUGCACAAGAAAGCUCAACGGCUCAAGUUCCUUUGCGAGCGUAAUGAUAAGGUAUUUUUCUCGUCAGCAAAAGGCGGAAGUUCGUGCCAGAUUUACUUCAUGACAUUAAAUAAACCUGGCAUGGCUAACUGGUGAUCCCGAAUGAGGCCAAAUCUGGCCCUAAAAUUAUCAACGCGUAUAACGACUCAAAAUCUACCACAUGUAUCAGGAUGUGCAUUUUCGAUAUUCAUGUUAACUCGUUUUUCACUACCAAGAUUAAGCAACGCCAUGGAAGACAAGAAAUGUUUGCAACACAGUCAGCAACAUAAUGAUCAAUAUUAUUCUCACUUUUAUUAUAAUCGUCGUUGUCAUCAUCGUCAUCAUCGUCAUCAUCACCACCAUCAUCGACACCGGCAUCGGCAUCGCCAUCAGCAUCGGCAUCGUCACCGUCAUUGUCUUCAUCAUCGACCCCGACAUCACCAUCAUCACCAUCAUCACCAUCAUCACCAUCAUCACCAUCAUCACC